CCAGCAGAACGGUCGCCUCCCUCACUCGUUCUCGCGGCCGUCCGCGGCUCCGUCGAUCCGGCGGUGCCUGCAAACGUCUGCGCGUGGCGCGGAUCGACUUAAUGACGUGUCGCAAGAGCGGCUCUCAUCCGUCCCUCCUCCAUCACCUGUCCCGUCCGCAGCCUUUUGAGAUUUACCUGGAUCUGGGCGCAGGGGAGCACUUUGCGUUUUAAGAUCGAAGUGCUUGAGCAGAGCCUUGUGUACCAGUUCAUACCCAUGGCUGAUGUGACAGAACUCACCCUGAUCGUAGGUAACCUGCCAAAGAGUCUCAACCGUGACCAGAUAAUGGACUGGCUCAACGACUUGGGGUAUGGUGAGUCUUAUGACUUUCUGUACGUGCCCCGUUGCUUCAAGACGAAUACCAACAAGGGCUACAUGUUCAUCAAUUUCAUGCAGAAAGUGAUCGGGUUUAGAUUCGCAGGGGCACUCCACGGUGCUGCAACGGGCUCGGGCAGCUCGCGGUUCGUAGUGUCGCUGUCCGAGACGCAGGGCAUUGAGAGAAGCCUCGCCAAAUUGCGCAAGUCCUCCUCCCGCCGCAUCAAGAACCCCCAGGCCCAGGCCUACGUCCGCCACAGCGUCGACCCCGAGAGCUCCACCGCCCCCCGCGGCGGCCCUAAGCCCUCGACUGGCCCGGCGCAGGAUCCGAACGUGUGCGCCUGCGCCCCUGGCCCGAGGCCGGCAGCGGGCGGCACCGCGGCCUGGGGACGCCCCGUGCCCCGCCACUCUGCGCGCGCGGCGCCAGCGGCCGCCUGCGCCUUCGGCCUCGGUGGCGCGCCCCGCCCCGGCGCCGCGACGGCGCCCCGGGCCGGCCCCGCCGGGCUCUUCGGCGGCCGCCGCGGCGAGGCCCGCCCCGCCGGCGCCGGCUGCUUCGGCGCGCCCGCGGCGGAGCACCGCCUUGCGCCGCCGGCCGUUGCCGAGCUCGAGCUCGGCGGCGACCCCGGUCGGGGGACGGCCGUGCUGCGCCUCAGCCUCUGA